AUGACGAAAGAAGGAGCAGAAGAAGGCGCUCCAGCAGCAGCAGCUGCAGCAGCAGCAGCAGCAGCAGCAGCAGCGCCCCCAGCAGCAGCAGCAGGUGACCCCGCCCCAGCUCCCGGCGCAGCCGCCUCUCCCGCAGCCGCAGCUCCUCCCGCAGCAGCAGCAGCAGCACCCGCAGCAGCAGCAGCACCCGCAGCAGCAGCAGCACCCGCAGCAGCAGCAGGAGGGGGGCGUCCGCGGGACCCGGGUUUGCUGCUGCAGCAGCUGGCAGCAGCAGCAGAAGACGAUGACCAGUGGUCCGUGUCUCCUGCUUACCUGGAGUUUCUGGAGGCGAAGUACAGAGACCUGGAGUGUCCCCUUUUCCUGGAGACGAUCCCAGACGAUCCCAGCUCCGAUCCCCAGCUGCAUGCGCUGCAGCAGCUGGCUUUCGAGGGCGAAACACCCCACACUGUUGCUGCCAGGUGUCGAGACACCGGAAACCGCUUUGCUGCUGCAGCAGCAGCAGCAAAACGAGCAGCAGACCCCGCCCGCUUCAAACGCCAACUCUUCAACGCCCAACAGGCCUACCAAGCAGGUUUGGAACAAGGAAUAAAGGACAAAAGAGAACUUUCUCUGCUGCACUCCAAUUUGGCGCUUUGCUGCUUAAUGGGUGGGGAGCUGCUGCGGUGUAUAGACAGCUGCAGGGCCGCCAUCAGACUCAACCCCAGAAACCUCAAGGCGUAUCUGCGGGGGUCCAAGGCGUCGAUACACCUCGAGCUGUACGCGCAAGCUGAGCGUUUUGCUUCCAUGGGACUGGAGGCAGCAGCAGCAGCAGCAGAAGAAGCAGCGGCAGAAGAAGCAGCAGCAGCAGCAAAAGCCGAAGCAGCAGCAACAGAAGCAGACGGAGAAGCAGCAGCAGCAGCAGCAGCAAAGGCAGCAGGAAACGCUGCAGCAGAAAAGGAGCUGCGGGCGCUGCUGGAAGAGGCGCAGCGGCUGCACAAGGAGCAGCAGCAGCGCAAAGCAGCAGCAGCAGCAGCAGCAGCAGCAGCAAAACCCAAACUGCCCUCCCCAAAGGAAAUUCUCAGCAAGAGGGGCGUGAGGGUUUGUGGGGUGCCGGCUGGUCUGGCGGAGAUAGCAGCACAAGUGCCGGAGGUGUCUGUACACCUGGAGCCCCUAAACGGACAGUACUUUUUGCUGCUGCCGCUGCUGCUGCUGCUCGAUGAAUACUCAAGAGCUGAUGCUGUAGCAGCAGCAGACGAGAGGCUUUCCCUGCUGCAGCAGCUCAAAACAAUAUUCCCUUCCAAGUACACACUCAUGCAGCAGCAGCAGCAGCAGCAACAGCAGCAGCAGAGGAUGGAGGCGGAGGGGGAAGCCACAGAGUUUCCUUCUUGGGACCAUGAAAAGAAAUACGUGCUAGAAAAUCUUGUAGCUUAUUAUGAAUGCGGGCUGCCAGGGGGAGUUUUGCUGAGCUUUCCGAUGGGUCUUCCGCUGGCUCUUCUUUUGGAGCGUUCGAAACGCUUUAUUGGGAUUGCUGCAUUCCACAUCCUCGUGAAGGGCACACCGAGCCACGAAGCUUUCAUCAGAGACGCACGCAUAGAGAAGCUGGAGUUUUAG